AUGAUGCAACCAGAAAUGAGCCUCCUUCCUCUUUACAGAUCGCUGUUGAGGCGAAUUCAUGCCGCUCAACGUCUCCCCCAUCACCUGCAGGAUAUCCGCUUUAUUCUCUCCUACCCGCUUGUGGAAGCCGCCUCACGCACAGUCACGAGUUCUGGUGAAGUCUGCGGCUCCGGUUUACUGCGGCAGCACCGAGUGGACCCCUCCCACGUUGUUCGGGCCUGCUGUGAUGAUCUCCACCGUGCGUUACUGUCAUAUUCACACGUUUGCGACACUCCGUCAACAUCGCGCCCUUUACCCCCCGUUGCGCAGCGGUUCAUUCACAUGCGCGAGCUGGCGUGGCUUAAAGCGAGGCUGGAAAAAGUGCUUAGUGAGUCAACCCAAACGAUACUGAAGGAGGCGGAAAUGGUGGCAUCUGAACUCAACGAAACGGACUUUCUUGAUGAUGCGUUUUUUGUAGAGAAGGACCCCACGAAAGAUGGAGAAACGGAAAAGGAAUGGAGAUCUCACAACAACACGGAAGAAGACAUGUGCGCUACCGGAGUGGCAUCAGCGGGGGAACUCGGGCUCCGAAGGGAAAUGUUUGUCCUGAGGCACAUCGCACCAUUCCCGUUGGCAGCAUAUUACUUGAGUUCGUUCAACAUGGACUCUCGUGCCAUUGUGGCCGCAGCAGGAAACAGUGAGCGGCUGUUGGAUUUUGUGCAGCAGCAUGUUCCGCGUCGCGUCGUUUGCCAAAACGCAGAUCUUACGCUCACUGUCUCAGUGCGGCUUUUUGAUGAAGCCAUGGAGGGGAAGCGCGUGGAGAAGGGUUCUCCAUUCUCUCAGGCCCACCGUUCUUUCAUGUUGAGGUUUGAAUUGCAGCCACGUGAUCCCACGACCCGAAUCGAUGUGGUGAAUUCUUAUUUUCUGCGACUUGAUGUCGCGUCUUCUGAGCUUAUUGAGGACGUCGGCUACGUACAUGCGGCCCACGUCUGGAAGUUAGCCCAGUACCCGUAUAGAGGAAACGGAACACACUGCGAUAGCAUUGAUAACAAUGACGACGAUGGCCGCAGUGACGGUGUUGCUAGUGGUGACCAUCAUCGUCAUUGUCAUGAAGGAGUCGAUGACGAUGUAGCAUCGCAGUUUGAAUUGAGUUUCAUCAACCCCUCGGAUAAUCCAAUGGUGAUGAAGGGGCAGUUGUAUUACAUUUUACGCGCAGAAAAUGACAAUUCACCCGCAUGUGAGCUUCCCGUGCGUGUCAUCUCAUUUGGACAGCUGCUUUUGUUUAACCGCAAUGGAUGA